CUGAACUUCACAUAAUACAUUUUCAUCAACGACUUGUUCCCACCCUUUCUGUACCACCCAAGGAAACUCGAAAGAAAAGGAUCCGGCUCUGGUCAAGUUCUGCGUGCAGCAGGGGAGCAGAAUAUGGCUGCACAUAAAAACGGGAGUUUGAUACAUAUAAUAAAUAGAGCCAGUGUAUACUUCAAAAACGGCAGCUACCGAAAGAGAAUUUUAUUGACCUCUCUGAAACCUGUUCAGUGUCAGAGGCGAACAGUCUCCAGCAUCGGCGAUAGGAACACGAACUUGACACCGCACUUGAGCUCAAAUCUCGCUGGAUGGUCAUACAAGGAGUUAUACGAAUUGUCUGUGAAAGAUCCGGAAACAUUUUGGGGAUCAAUUGCUGAAGAGAGGCUUACAUGGAAUAAGCCAUUCGAUCAAGUGAGGGACUGCGAAAUUACUAGUGGGAAAAUCAAUUGGUUUCUUGGGGGACAGUUGAACGUUUCUGUGAAUUGUUUGGAUGUGCAUGUUGCCAAGCAUCCUGACAGAGUCGCCCUGGUCUGGGAGAGGGAUGAACCUGGGACGGAGGUAAAGAUCACCUAUAGGGAGCUACUUGAGACUACCUGCCGCCUAGCCAACACCCUGAAGAGGCAUGGGGUCAACAAAGGUGACCGGGUGGCCAUUUAUAUGCCAGUGUCGCCCAUCGCCGUGGCUGCCAUGCUUGCGUGCGCUCGUAUCGGUGCUGUGCACACGGUGGUGUUUGCUGGGUUCAGCUCAGAGGCCCUGGCUGGGAGGAUUCAAGAUGCCCAGUGUAAAGCUGUGAUCACGUGUAACCAAGGUGUGAGGGGAGGCCGGUUCAUAGACCUGAAACCUACAGUAGAUGCUGCAGUGAAGAACUGCCCCACUGUCCAACAUGUGUUUGUGGCCCAGAGGACCACUAACCCAACUCCCAUGGGCAAACUAGACAUCCCAUUGGAGGAGGCGAUGGCCAGUGAGUCUGCACAGUGUGCUCCAGAGCCUAUGGGCAGUGAGGAGAUGCUUUUUAUGCUCCACACGUCAGGCAGUACAGGCAAGCCCAAGGGCAUUGUCCACACACAGGCUGGCUAUCUGCUCUAUGCUGCACUGACUCACCAGUAUGUCUUCGACUACCAUCCGGGCGAUGUGUUUGGCUGUGUGGCAGACAUUGGCUGGGUGACUGGUCAUAGCUAUGUGGUGUAUGGUCCUCUGUGUAAUGGUGCCACCACUGUCCUCUUUGAGAGCACUCCUGUGUACCCAGACCCCGGGCGAUACUGGGAAACAGUUGAGCGACUGGGCAUUAACCAGUUCUACGGUGCUCCCACUGCCAUCAGGCUGCUGCUGAAAUAUGAGGAGAGCUGGGUAAAAAAGUAUGACAGGUCCUCCCUCAAGACCCUCGGCUCUGUGGGGGAGCCUAUCAAUCACGAGGCAUGGGAGUGGUUCUACAACGUGGUGGGAGAUGGAAGAUGCCCCCUAGUGGAUACAUGGUGGCAGACAGAGACGGGAGGUGUGUGUAUUGCUCCAAGGCCAGCUGAAGAGGGUGCUGAAAUUGUUCCGGCCAUGGCCAUGAGGCCCUUCUUUGGCAUUCAGCCUGUUCUCAUGGAGGAGAAGGGUAAGCCUAUAUCAGGAAAUGAUGUCAGUGGAGCCCUUUGUAUUGGCCAACCAUGGCCUGGAAUGGCCCGGACCAUCUUUGGGGACCACAAGAGAUUUGUGGAUGCAUACUUCAAACCAUAUCCUGGUCUUUACUUCACUGGGGAUGGAGCAUAUCGGUCUAAAGAAGGCUACUAUCAGAUAACUGGGCGUAUGGAUGAUGUUAUCAACAUUAGUGGCCACCGAUUGGGUACUGCUGAAAUUGAGGAUGCCCUGGAUGAACACCCAGCCGUUCCUGAGACUGCGGUGAUUGGUAUUUCCCAUGAUAUCAAAGGAGAGGUUCCCUUUGCCUUUGUGGUUUUGAAAGAAGACCCUUCCCUGAACCACACAGCAGUCGUUAAAGAGCUGAGAGACCUGGUGGCCACUAAGAUAGCAAAGUAUGCUGUCCCUGACCACUUUCUGGUAGUGAAGAGACUUCCCAAGACACGCUCUGGGAAGAUCAUGAGGAGAAUCCUGCGGAAGGUGGCUAUGGAGCAGACAGGAGACCUGGGCGAUGUGUCCACUCUGGAUGACCCAUCUGUUGUCUCAGAGAUCAUCAAGGCCUAUGCUCAGUACAAGAGCCUGACAUCUCAGAAUAAAUAAUGAAGUAGGCUUUAUCACUGCUAAGACGUUGUGUUGGCAACUUGGCACUGGUCACUUGAGUAACAGCUCACUUCACUCACUCCAUUCUGAAUUUUAUACUGUGCUGAAGCUGAGUUAGUUUUAUGACCACAGUCCUUCAGUUGUUCACUAUGUAUGGCUCAUUUAUAUAAGACACAAGACACUCAAGAUAGAUACAGUCUGGGAUGUAUGUUUCCUGACCGUUGUUCAACCCAUGUUAGUAGGCCAAUGGACAUUUUAAAAUCAAAACACAACCUUCAUUUAUUUACCUGUUGUGAUGCACGGAUGUUCCAAACUCUGUUUUAGAAGAGACUGAGUUUAUGAACAAAAUUAUCAGAACUACACUUGGUAGUCAAUUUUGACGCUAGAAUAACUGUUUCUUACUCAUAUAGAUGCCACAUAUGCAGUUUUCAAAGGGAUUCUUGCUUUUUAAAGGCAGUUCUCUUUAAAGCUGCAAUAUGCAAGUCUAAGAAGUGGUAGAUCUGUUCUUUGUGCGCUAUUUCUAUGCUUCCCCUUCUUAAAUUUCGUUUUUGGGUCUUUUAACUUUCAGUUUUGUACACCAGCUUCAAACAGCUGAAAAUACAAUAUAUUUUUUAUGAAAAAUAUAUUUCACAGGGGUUUGAUGGUAAAAUUACUCUACACUAUACCUGCUUGUUUUGUCACAUCAACUGAAAUUAGGCGAACAAUUAGAGUUUUAGCAACCAGGAAAUGGCGAAGCGAUUUCUGCAUAGUACAUCUUUUAAAUAAGAAAAGGUGCUGUAAUGAAUUAUGAAUAAUUCAUCCAGAAUAAUGGUGUUUUAUAUAUGUUAUCUUUAUAAAGGUCCCAUUUAAACAAAUGUUAUGAAAUAAAAAUAAAUUGCUCAAGGACGUGUUCACUUGAUUGAAACAUUUACUUGAGAAUUAACUUUUUUUCCAGAUUCAUUCUUUAUAAUAUCAAUGCCAUCUUGAAAUUAUAACAGAAUUAAUUGACUUUACGUUGUAAAUUCUUACAAAAAAUAAAGCAACUAACAAAAAUGAGCACUGUUUUUUUGCCUUGUCAAUUGCUGUUGUAUAUGUAUCGCAUAUAUACGGAAUAAAAUAUCGAAGAACUA